AUGGCCUACGUGCAGUCCCUCCAGUCAAAGAUCGACGCGAUGGAGACCUCAAUCAAAGAGUCCAUCAACGCGACUGUCACCACCGUGGUCAGCACCGCGACCAACCCCAUCUCGCUCGCGCUCAAGGCCGCCCAGGACGGCAUCGACGGGUUGGGCGCCAAGAUCGAGAAGAACGUCCACCUCGCCGUCGGCCAGCAGAUCGACGCCACGAGAAAGCACUUCCAGCAACAGCUCGACGCCUUCAACAUCCGCGUCGGCGAAGUGGAGGCCAAGCAGGAGAAGACCGACAAAGCCAUCGAGCUCAUGGCGGAGCAGAUCAAGGUACUGCAACGCGAGCUCGCCACGGCCAACCAGCAACCGAUCAAACAGCAGUUCAUCAGCCGCGACUUCGACCGCGAGAUCGACGCCACUAUCAUCAAGGUCCACGCCGACGGCCUCGUCACCCUGGCCAAGGCCACCGAGUCCCUCACCAAGUUCGUGGUGGGCUGCGACAUCCGCGAGACUGACUUCACUGUCACUGGCAACGACACUGCCAAGUUCUUCACCAUCAAGUUCACGGGCCUCCCUGGCCCCGCCAGCCGCCGAGUGCAGAAGGUUCUGGACAGCGUGCGCUCGUCCAACGGCACCUGGGUGCGCAUCUACGCCGACGCUGUCUCGGGCCACGGGGCGGUCGAGCUGCGGAUGGGCCCCGACAAGUCGCCGAAGCAGAUCAAGACGGAGAUCGUGGGCAAGCGCCUCCGCCAGGCCAUGGAACGCGAGUUCCCGACCCAUGUCUGGCGCGUGGACCGCGCCAAGGCCUGGAUCACUGCAGGCUGGGCUCCAGUCAUCGCGUACAUCGUCCGCCCAGGCAGGGACGAGCCGACCGUCCUCACGUUCCAGGACACCGGCCUCCCUGCGCUGGGCAUCGACCGCACGACCCUCAAGAACGCCGCCAGCGUGCUGGCACGCAGCCAGAACCGUCUCGCCAAUGGGCCGACGCCCUGCCUGGCCAUCGGCACAUGGAACGCCCGCGCUCUCUUGGGCUACCAGGGCAGACGUGUUGUGGAGAAGUCCUCGUGCCUCAAGUCCAUGCCGCUGCGCAAGAUGGUCUUGGGCAUCCAGGAGGUUCACCAGAACCACGGCCAGCUCCUCGCCUUAAUGCGGAAGAUCGACAGCACCCUUGACAUGCACUCCUCCUUCGCUCCUGGAUAUCAUGGCACGAUCAGUGGCGGGGUUGCCACUGUGUUCCCAGCUGGGAUGAACGCCGUGAGCGACCCCAUCUUUCCUGGCCGUGUUCUUCGCUCUGUCUUCCGUGCUGGCGACCAAGUGAUGAUCUUCUACAAUAUCCACAACUGCGACCUCAGCAACGCCACCAUCCAGAACAUCACCACGCGCAUCAUCAGCGACCUGCAGUGGGCGAGGUCCGACCCGAGCCGCAUUGUCAUGUUCGUCACUGGGGAUUUCAACUUCUCCGCCGUCGGGGAGCUGAAGCUCCUGGACCCUGUGGCAAAAGGCAACUCGAACCCAACUGAAACGUCCAAAGCAUCGGCGCGCAAGUGGCACAACGCUCUGAAGCACCUAGUGGAGAUCGACAGCGCCGACACCACGCACUACUGCUCCGAGACGAAGGCCGAGACCACCAUCGACAGAUGUUUCUGCUCGUUCACACCUACACAGAUGCUACAGCUGGCUGUUACGUCCUCCACCUUUUCCACGCCUGAGGAUCUCUCACGCCGUCGUGUUAGUGACCAUGCCGCCCUCUUCGUCUCCUUCACGAUGCGUGGUGCCAAACCCUCCCCGAACCAGCCGAUCGCCCAGUGCAUCGUCAAGUCCCCCGCCUUCAAAGAGAUUGCCGACAAGGUGUUCGCCGCCUCCCCCAUGGGCAACCUGUCCCCGCCGACCAAGCUGAUUCAGACCACCGACCUUCUCAGACAAAUCGCACGAGAAGCUCGUGACCGUCUUCAUGAAAUGCACCCGAGCAGAGGCGACGUGCUCUUCCAGGUAGCGAAGUCGAUCUCACGCGCGGUGUGGCGCCAGCUCUGGAGCCCGCUCAGCAAGCGACUGGUCCUGACGGGGGUCAAGACCAGCGAGGGCACCGUGACGGGCCCCAACGAGCGACUCAAGAAGCUUGUCGAGCACUGGCAGCCCGUCUUCGAGGGCAAGACCGUCGACGUGACCAAGGCCGCCGUCUACCUGAACCAGUUCUCGCCCACCAUCGAUUUCUCCAAGUACAGCACGUCCCUCGAGAUAAUCAGCAGCACGAUGAAUGCUGCGACGGCAACGGUGGCAGCCGAGGUAGUCCCAGCCUCACAGCGCGGGUUCAUCCACUGGCGUAACUUCGGCUACAACAUCCUCGAGCUAGACGCCGAGAGCCGCAUCGCCUCGGCCGACCCAGAUGCCCAAGACAUGCUGCCUGUGCUGGUGCCGCUGGACAUUGCGCAGGCCUUCCCCAGCUUCGCCCACCAGUUCAUCCGUCUGGCGCUCAAGGCCAUGGGCGCUCCUGAAGCGGUCCUCAUGUUCAUCGACUCCAUGUGCAACAACAUCCUCGCGAUGGCCCCGUGCGCUGGCCAGUACGUCCCGCUCUUCUACAUCGUGUCGGGCAUCAUCCAGGGAUGCGGCUGGAGCGGCACGCUGUACGCGCUGGGCACUGCAUGCUUCCUGCUCAACCUCGAGACCGUCCUCGAGGCCCAAGGCCGUGGACUUUGCCGGGCAUGCGCUGAUGACCUCGGGCUCGUCCUUCGGGCAGUUGCCUACCUCGUCUACCUCGCCGACGUCGUGCUCGGCAUGGAAAUUCUGGCUGGUCUUGAGCUGAAGGCACCGAAGUGCCACAUCAUCCCCUUGGCAGGCCAGGUCAACGCCGACCUCAUCCCCAAGCUCAAGAAUGCGCUGCUCGCCAUCGUCCCGAAGUUCAAGGACUUCAGCAUAUGCGACCGCCUCACCUACCUCGGCCUCUUGCUGGGGCCUGGUGCCACGGACCAGCUCAUCUUCGCGAAGGCCUUCAACAAGUACCGCUCCCGAGUCAUGGCGUACAGCGCGAGCGAUGCGCCUGCCGUCGGGGCAGCCUCCCUGUGCAACGGGCGCGCGCUCCCCGUCCUCGGCUACCUGGCCCAGUGCGCCUUGCUCCCGCGCGAGCACUUCAAGCACGAGAGCUGGAUCAACGCCUGCAUCCUGCGCUUCCCGAACGGCGGCUUCAGGCUGAAGGACUGGCCCUUCCUGAAGGACUGGGGAGUUCCCGCGCCGAGGUCGCUCCAACUCAGCAUGCUAGCGACGAUCGUCCGCGCGGCGACUUCGACAUUCAAGAAGUUCACCGAGAUCCGUGAGAGGCCGCACGAAGGCUUGAACUCCUACGGCCUCCAGCAGACCCUCGAGGGUGCCGCGCGGGGUGCCCUCCAUCUCUCACCGCCGUGGUGGAGGACGCAGGCCUUUGUGGAGGCGAUGCACCAGAUUGUGUCGGCCACCUCUGACCACGUGUACUACCCCCACCAGCUCGUGGCGCCAGCGGUCGAGGCCGCGCGGGCGGCUGUUGCCAACGAGAAGCCUGGCCUCGCGCAGAAGCACGCCUUCGCCUCGGCUCUGGCCACCCGCGGAUCCGACGGCAUCGGGCCUUUUCUGCAGGACCGCAUCGUGAAGGAGCUCCCGCACGCUGGCGAGCUCUUCAUCCACAACCCCUCCAUCAUGCACGACAUCCAGACCGCCAUGAAAAGAUUGCCCCCAUCGUGGGCGACAGCGUGGAUGAGGACGCUGUCCUUCUCAUGGCUCACAUCCUUCCGCAUCGCCUACCCGAGCGGCAGGCGCCAGUGCAUCUUCGGCUGUGCCAACAGCCACGACAAGAUGCGCCAUUAUCUGAUCUGCGCGCCGCUGGCGCAGGCUGUGGGUCGGGCGUGCGGCGCGCCCCCCCUCGCCACUGAGUUCGCGAAGCUUGGCCUCACCGACCAGUCCAACGAGAACAUGGAGGCCAUCGCCGUCGCCUGCCUCGCGUACCAUGCGCUCAGGCAGGAGACCCACGUCUCAGUGGAGGCCACCCCGACGGCCGCCAAGGCAGCGUUGAGGGCCACGAGGGAGAUGCUGACAUACGUCACCCACUUCGGCUCCGUGGAGCCGCCGCUGAUCACGAUCAGCAUCCAGUUCACGUUCGAGGAGAUGUUCGGCACCCUCCUCCAGGCGCGCUACCUGUGA